CGCGUGAGCCCAUAUCGCUCCAGACUCCAGACCAGGGAGACUCUCUGACAGCAUCAGCUCACCUCGGCAAUAAAAGAGCAUCCCCCCGUCUCGUCUGGCUCUGAUCCUCCCCCAGCUCAGCGCAGCUCAGCUCCGCCUCGCCACCACUCCGCCACUCCCCACCGCGCCCCUUCAUCCCGGAUCUCGGCAUGGGCGCCGCCACCACCAACGGCUCGGCGGACCCCGCGCCCGCGCCGGUGCCGGCGCUCAAGUUCCUCAUCUACGGGCGCACGGGCUGGAUCGGGGGCCUGCUGGGCGGCCUCUGCGCGGCGCGCGGGAUCCCCUUCGCGUACGGCGCCGGCAGGCUCGAGAGCCGCGCGUCGCUCGAGGCCGACAUCGACGCCGCGUCGCCCACGCACGUGUUCAACGCCGCGGGCGUCACGGGCCGCCCCAACGUCGACUGGUGCGAGACGCACCGCGCCGAGACCAUCCGCGCCAACGUCGUGGGCACGCUCACGCUCGCCGACGUCUGCCGGGGCCGCGGGCUCGUCCUCAUCAACUACGCCACGGGAUGCAUCUUCGAGUACGACGAGGGCCACCCGCUCGGCUCCGGGCUCGGAUUCAAGGAGGAGGACACGCCCAACUUCGUCGGAUCAUUCUACUCCAAAACUAAGGCCAUGGUUGAGGAGCUGCUCAAGAACUACGAGAAUGUAUGCACCCUUCGUGUAAGGAUGCCUAUUUCAUCGGAUCUCUCCAACCCUCGCAAUUUCAUUACCAAAAUCACCCGAUAUGACAAGGUUGUUAACAUCCCAAAUUCAAUGACAAUAUUGGAUGAGCUUCUUCCCAUCUCAAUUGAAAUGGCAAAGAGAAACCUCACUGGAAUAUGGAACUUCACAAACCCUGGGGUGGUGAGCCACAAUGAAAUACUAGAGAUGUACAGAGAUUACAUUGAUCCAAGCUUCUCCUGGAAAAACUUCAACUUGGAGGAGCAAGCAAAGGUCAUAGUUGCACCAAGGAGCAACAAUGAGCUUGAUCAAACCAAAUUGAAGAGAGAGUUCCCAGAGCUUUUGUCAAUCAAGGAGUCACUGAUCAAAUAUGUUUUUGAACCAAAUUGUAAGACGUCCAAGGCUUGAGAAAUGGAGCUGCACACAACUGUAUGUUGAUGCUAUUUUGUUCCAUCGGAAUUGACAUUUCUCUCCGGGGAUCUCAAUAAGUACACCCCCUGUUUCGUGUGCAAUGUAUUUGAUUGAAACAGAUAGAUUUCUUAUAGGGGAUGUCAUGCCAUACUCCUUUAUACUUUCAGAUUAUUAAACAGAGCAAGACAAGGUGUAAUUUAGCUCAACUUUCGUAUGACUCCUAGUAUCCUAGGGACAUUAUGAAUACCAUGCGUUUGGAAUGAACUGAGGAGCUUCCUGCC